CCCUGGGUAUUUUAAAACAUUUUUUAAGCUUGCUGGAAUAGGUUGUGUUUCUCAAAGAGACGAAUAUUAUUCAACGGAAAAAUGAAUAAUUUACCCCCUAAUUCUGGACAUUCUCGUGGACGGGGCCGUGGAACAAAACGUAAUGACGAUGCCAACCGUGGCCUGGGUCUUCAAUUGGGCCAGUCUUCUAAAGAGACACGUCCAGAUAAACCUGUCCCCUCAAUGGAGACUGAAAAAAGGGUGUUGGAGAACAUACCGAGCUCUACGGAUUCUGAAGUUCAAGCCACUGAAGGCGAUCCUCGAGGAUCUGUACGUGGACGACGCCUAAUAACUGAAGUUGUGCACUCUCGUCCUCAAGGACUUACAACCAAAUCUGGAACUACCGGCACAAAAAUAGCUGUCCAGACCAAUUAUUUUAAAAUCUUGAAACGUCCAUGUUGGACCAUAUUCCAGUACCGGGUGGACUUCGAACCUGAAGUCGACAACACACGUUACCGUCGUGGAUACGUCCACGAACAUAAAAAUAUAUUGGGUGGAUAUAUUUUCGACGGAACUGUGUUAUUCUGCACAACUCAAUUCAAGGUCAAGGAAUUAGUGACAAAAAAUCACGCAGGAGAGAAUAUUACCAUCAAAAUAAAGCAUGUUGGUUCCGUUGAAGCAGCUGACAACCAGCAAUUCCAAGUCCUGAAUCUUAUCUUACGAAGAGCAAUGGAAGGGCUUAAUCUACAGCUUGUAUCCCGUAACUAUUUUGAUCCUAAGGCGAAGAUUAAACUUGAUAAUUACCGCAUGGAAUUGUGGCCUGGAUAUCAUACAUCGAUUCGUCAACACGAGUCUGACAUAUUAUUGUGUGCCGAGAUCGCUCAUAAGGUAAUGAGAACGGAUACCUUGUAUAAUAUUUUAUCUGAGGCGAUUCGAGAUAACGACGAUUAUCAAGACGCUUUUAAACGACAAGUUAUGGGUAUGAUAUGUCUUACUGAUUACAACAAUAAAACAUAUCGCAUCGAUGAUGUCGACUUUGGAGCAUCGCCCAUAUCUAAAUUUAACACUAAAGAUGGAGAUAUAUCGUAUGUAGAAUACUACAAAAAGAGAUAUAAUAUCACAAUUCGUGACCAUAAGCAGCCAUUGGUAGUGUCACGACCUACGGAGAAAAACAUUCGUGGAGGCACGGAUCAGCUUAUUAUGCUUGUUCCUGAAUUGGCUCGAGCUACUGGAAUGACUGAUGCCAUGCGUGCAAAUUUUCAAUUAAUGAAAGCAAUGAGCGAGUAUACCAGAUUAACUCCGGAUCGUCGUAUUGAACGUCUGCGUGUAUUAAACCAGCGCUUGCAAUCGUCGAAAGAGAGCAUGGAUGUGCUAAAAUCGUGGAAUAUUGAACUUGAUUCAGCUUUGGUGGAAAUCCCAGCACGCGUUUUACCUCCUGAGAAAAUUGUCUUUGGCGAUCAAAAGCGUUUCUUAUGCGAUAGCCGAGCUGAUUGGACUCAAGAAUUCCGAAAAAACUUAAUGUACUCGCAUGUGGAUAUAAAGAGGUGGUAUGUGAUAACUCCACAGCGUAGUUUCCGGGAAACUGAAGAGUUUGUCAAGCUCUGCAUCCGUGCUGCCAGUGGGAUGAAAAUGAUUAUUUCCGAGCCUCGAUACGAUAAAAUCCCUGAUGAUCGCAAUGGGACAUACUCGCAAUCGAUCGAUAAUGCAGUAGCCAAAGAUCCACAAAUUAUAAUGCUCGUGCUCAAGGCUCCAAACGAAGAGAAGUAUAGCUGUAUUAAAAAGCGCACUUGUGUUGAUCGACCGGUACCAUCACAAGUUGUUACGCUGAAAACCAUUGCUCCAAGAAAAGAGAAAUCGAGUGGCCUCAUGUCCAUAGCCACAAAAGUGGUUAUUCAGAUGAACGCAAAACUGAUGGGCGCGCCCUGGAUGAUAGAGUUACCUGUUCGCGGAUUAAUGACCGUUGGGUUUGAUGUGUGUCAUUCGUCAAAGAACAAAAACAAGUCAUAUGGUGCUCUUGUAGCUACGAUGGAUAUGAAAUCAUCAACCCGCUACUAUUCUUCAGUAACCGAACACAUGAAAGGCCAGGAGUUGUCGGAUCAGAUGUCAAUAAAUAUGACAUGUGCCCUAAAAGCGUUCCGGGAUCAUCAUGGUACUUUACCAGAGCGAAUUCUGUUCUUCCGUGAUGGUGUCGGUGAUGGUCAACUUCAUCAAGUUGUCAACACUGAAGUGAAGUUUUUGAAAACUAAACUAGAUGAGAUUUAUAAAUCUGCAGGCAAAGAAGACGGCUGUAGAAUGGCAUUUAUUGUUGUAGCUAAGCGGAUUAAUACUCGGUACUUUGCCAACAAACGCAAUCCCGUGCCAGGUACAGUAGUCGAUGAUGUCAUAACGCUUCCUGAGCGAUAUGACUUCUUUUUAGUGUCGCAGGCUGUGCGUCAGGGAACGGUAUCGCCUACUAACUACAAUGUUAUACACGAUAACAUGGGACUAAGUGCCGAUAAACUGCAAAUGUUGGCCUACAAAAUGACCCACAUGUAUUAUAAUUAUUCUGGGACUUGUCGUGUGCCUUCCGUGUGUCAAUACGCUCACAAGUUGGCAUUUCUUGUAGCCGAAAGUAUUAAUCGGUCUCCAUCAUCUGGUUUAGAAAAUCAACUUUAUUUUCUUUAAACGCUUUGUAUGAGCAAUACUAUAUUUAAAAAAAAAAAACAAUACUUAAUUAUGUUUUACUUAUGUAAAGUCAAAUUUUUAAUGUAAUUGUUUGACAAAUAUAAUUAAAAACCGAUUUGUACACUUCUACCUCGUCGUACAAUAAAAACAAU